UGCCGAGGCGCCUAGACUUGCCGAGGGCUGCUGAGGACAGCUAAGCGUUGCCAAGAGCAGCCAAGCGCUGCCAAGGUGCCGAGCAUUGCAUAGGUCUGGCAAGGACUGCCGAGCGGCGCCGAGCGUUGCCGAAGACUGACAAGACAGCGGAGGGCCGCCGAGCGCCGCCGAGCCUUACAAAGGGCUGACUAGGAUAGACCGUAGCACGCCCGUGCCAUGGGUCCGGUGGUGGAGCGGCCGGCCGAGCGGUGCACGAGCAGCGCCACGGAGCUGGAGCUGCUGAAGCAGCGCGCGGCCGAGCGCAUCGACGAGGCGGCGGAGCGCCUGGGCGCGCUGAGCCGCGCCAUCUGGAGCGCUCCCGAGCUGGCCUACGAAGAGCACCGCGCGCACGGCGAGCUCACGCGCUUCUUCGAGCGCGAGCCGCCGGCCGCCUCGUGGGCCGUGCAGCCGCACUUCGGGCUCCCCACCGCCUUCCGAGCGGAGUGGGCGCCGCCCGAGGCCGCGGCGGGGCCCGGCGCGCUGCAGCUGGCUUUCCUGUGCGAGUACGACGCGCUGCCAGCCCUGGGCCACGCCUGCGGCCACAACCUCAUCGCGGAGGUCGGAGCGGCUGCGGCGCUCGGCCUGCGGGCUGCGCUGGAGAGCAUCGCUGCGCCGCCGCCGGUCAAGGUAAUUGUCCUGGGAACCCCUGCAGAAGAAGAAGGUGGUGGCAAAAUUGAUCUAAUCAAAGCGGGUGCUUUUGAAAACCUUGAUGUUGUUUUUAUGGCUCACCCGUCUCAAGAGAAUGCCGCCUACCUGCCGGAUGUGGCCGAGCAUGACGUGACUGUGAAAUACUACGGAAAAGCAUCUCACGCUGCUGCUUACCCUUGGGAGGGGGUGAACGCCUUGGACGCCGCCGUUCUUGCCUAUAACAACCUCUCUGCGUUAAGACAACAGAUGAAACCAACCUGGAGAGUUCAUGGUAUAAUUAAAAACGGCGGGGUCAAGCCCAACAUCAUCCCCUCUUACUCUGAAUUACUCUAUUACUUCCGUGCGCCCUCAAUGAAAGAGCUCCACGUUCUGACCAAAAAGGCGGAAGAUUCCUUCAGAGCCGCGGCUUUGGCUACAGGCUGCACAGUAGAAAUUAAAAGCGAAGCCCACGAUUAUUACAACGUUAUUCCAAACAAGACACUGUGCAGCGCGUAUAUGGAGAAUGGGAAGAAGCUGGGAGUAGAGUUCAUUUCAGAAGAUGCAGUGCUGAACGGCCCUUCAGGCUCCACUGAUUUUGGAAAUGUCAGUUUUGUGGUUCCCGGGAUUCAUCCAUACUUUUACAUCGGGACUGAUGCCUUGAACCACACGGAAGAGUACACAGAAGCCGCAGGAUCACAGGCAGCUCAGUGGUACACUUUGCGCACAGCCAAGGCGCUGGCGAUGACUGCACUGGACGUCAUCUUUAAGCCUCAGUUGCUGGAAGGAAUCAGAAAGGAGUUUAAAUCGAAACUUCAAGAAGAGCAGCUUUUAAAUACACCAGCAUAGAAGGAAGACUUCGGGACCGCUCAGGAAACAUUGUUUUGUUUGUUUGGUUUUUACCUCCAUUGUUUUUCAAUGAAAUAGAGCAGUCUUGGUGAGGACAGGAAAUAGGAAAGACACUAUCUCACUCUAGAUUUAAUGGAGUCUCUGAUGCUUCAGGCACUGGUGUGUGAUACCAUCUGUUAAGCCAGAUGAUACCUGAUCUGUAACAUUUGGAAAUGUUUUGUAAAUGUAUCUGUUGUAUAGUGUUACAAGUCCCAAAGGUCCCAGAACUUAACACUCAUGAACUCUGUGGUUCAGAGUAGCGAAUGUCUUCUCAGGAGUUUAGAUUGGGGGGAAUUUAUUAAGUCUAACUGUAUCUGGGUCUAAAGAAAAACUUAUAAUAAAAAUACACUUUCAGACACUCUUAGAAUUUCCACUACAAAGACUUAGCUUUUAACACUUAGAGAGGAGAGGAGAAGGAGGAGUGGGAGGGGAGGGGGAGGAAAAGGGGGAAAGGAGGGAGAGGAGGUGAUGCUCUUUAUUUACACGCAAUUACUCCAAGAAGUGGCAUAGGGGCAGGAGAGUUUUUCCAGCGGGGUAGGGUGUUGUGUGUUCUUACAGGAGUAGGCAGGGUAGUACAGGCUAGGUGUGCUCUGAUCUCCAGUGUCCUGCACGGUUCCCACUACCCAGCAGCCCCUCAGGAGAGUCCCAAAGCUGGCCCAGGAGUAAUAUGAACCUGUGGCCUUGGAAAGGAGGCUCUGUAGUUCAGACUGUGACUCAGUUAAACUUCCUGAGAUUUCUCUGGACUUUCUCUUUUGCCUUCUCCCCUCACUCUCUGGUUUGUGUCGCCACAGCAUUUGUAGAACCACAGAAGACAGUUGCUUUUUUCUAGGUGGAAACCUGAAACGUCAGUGGUUGUCAGUAGAAACACUGUCAACAGUAACUCUGGUGAGGAGAUGGGGAGGGAGUCAGUUAAAGCCAACAACGUUUCCUGAUUCUUACUUUAGCAUGAAUUUGGUUUUGGUGGGGCUGAAUUUAAGACCAGUCUUCCUUUCUGCCUCUCCCCUCCCGCUCUCCUCUAGCUGCAGUCCUGCAGCUGCUGCCUCACAAACGCUGGGAUGAUAGCCAUGAGCACCGCACACCCACCCUUUAGUGUGAACUUGUUGCACAUGAUUAAAGUGUGAAAAAGCUGGCGAAACCAACUCUUAGGCGGUUGGGGCGGCGUUCUAGAAUCAAAAGGGGAAGGACACAGGGAACAUUUGGCUUUUGUGGUGGAAGCAAGGCACUCUCCCUGAGUGACGCCAGCUGUCACCUGGAAGGCUAACCAUCUGUGACCUUCCAGUCUCUAAUUCCUAUUUGAUGAGUAUUUCAGAACUGUGAGAGGGGUUGCUCCCGGCUCUACCCUGACUUGAUAUAGGCCGGCGUUUGCUUGCUUACUUGCUUUUGUGCAGCUAGUAUACUAAGAAUAGUUUUUGCAUUUUUAGAGGAAAAAUAAAACCACCACUACCACAAAGAAUAAGGUAUUUACCGUCUGGCCCUUUGGGGGUGGGGGUGGAGCGCUCGGGCCCAGUCUAUCAGGUGGUUUCUGAUUUCUAUUCUCUCAGGUUUUCUUGAGAAGCCUCAAGCCCUGUAUUGGAAACACUUGAGUGUGUAGAUGGGGCUCCCUGACAGAGCGGUCUGGACUUCCCACUCUCUGCUUUGUCUUUCUAGACAGAAGCCUGUUUCCGCUCCCCUCACCCUGCCCCUCACCACAAGUCCUCAGACUUGCCUCUGUGCACACUACUCUUUCUGUCUUCUCAUAACAACAUUGAGAACUCGAUCUUUCAUGACACCCUGUGUCUGGAUAAUCAUAACCGAGUUCAUCAUAUUAAAUAUGAAUUUUGUAUAAAGAGGGACUAUCAAUGAAAGCCUCAAUCAAAACAUCAGACAUGUCAGAGAUGCGGUUUUUAUUGACCGACUUAAGUCUCCUGAGUAGCCGUUCUAUGUGUUCCUCACAGCCUAAGGGAUAGGGGUUUUUGCCGAUUGCUUUAGUUUUGGGUUUUGCAGGGCUGGAUAUUGAGACCAGGGCUUCACACACGCAAACCCAGAACUCUCGCACUGAGCUGCAUCCCCAGCCCGGGGCAGGGCGUUGGCCUCAUUUGCUAGGAUCUGGAACCAUCCUAGAACAGCUGUUGUUACAGACGUAGCCCAGCCUCUGAGAAUCACACAGCUGUGGCUCUUAUGUGUGCCCUGUGUUUGGUUUCCUUUUUUUUUUUUUUAAACUAAAAUUGAAUUUUACUUCUGCAUAAACAAUGCCAGCUUUAGGUAGGUAAGGAUGGGAAGGCGCUAUGUUAUCUGUGUUUCUGGUUGGAGGCUGUUGUUGUACAGUGGGCCUCGUCUGCUCUUUUAUCUUUCCGUGUGCACCACUUACACCAUGUACUUACGCAUGCCUUCUCCUAACUGUCCCCUGGGGGAGGCAUUAAGUCAGUACACUCUAGAACGAGUAAGUUUCACUAAUGGUUUAAGUGUAAUUACGAUCUGAAAUUUAUUUUUCUUUUCCAACUUAAUCUUAAGGAAGUUCGAAUACAGGACCUGUACAGUAUGUGUUAAAGUUCCUUUUUCCUAAAUGCCUGAGACCCGUGGUGUUUCAGAUUUUAGAAUAAAAAAUGUUUUGAAAUAUUUGCAUCUAUUAUGUAAUCUAUAUUUUAUACAUAUAUACACAUAUGUAUAUACAUAUAGGGAGGGGGGAAGAGAGAUAUGGAACCCAAAUAGAGCUAUAAAAUUCCUUUAUGCUUCACACGCACUUGCCCUGUGCACAUAGCUUGAGGGAAACUGCGCUCAAUGUUUUAGUGUCUGAGGGUGACCGACCUGCAGAUCAUAGGAGGCCAGUUGUGCGGUUUUCACCCGGGUCAUGCCAUUCAAGGUUGGAAUUCUGGAGCAUUUCCGGUUUCAGGUUAAGUGUGUUCAACCCGGACUGUUAACUAGUAAGUUGCUGUGUGUUCUAUGACUGUAGCUAAUGUUUAGCUUGCCUCAAAUUUUUUGAAUUGAUUUUUAGUCUUAAAUUCUCCUUAAUGGAUGAGCUACACGGGGAAUUUUCUUCUUUUUAACCAUGUCUCUGUAGCAUAAUUACUGGGGUAAAGUAGACUCUGCAUGUUCUUGUGAGGAUGUAAACAUGAAGGGGACCCACAGUCUCCCGAGGGUCUGUAGAUUCAUUGUUGCUGCUGCUGUUAAACUGUGCAGUCUCAACAUCUGAAUGGGCAAAUAUUCGCAGAACACUGGAGACAGGCAAAGAGCACCGGACCCUGUGCUUGGUGCUACGUCCUCCCAGGAUUUGGUUCAUAUGGACCACAUCCCAAACUGCCUUGGGAAGUUUUGAGGAAGGGCUUCUAAAAUAUUUUAAAACAUGUGAAUCACUUCUGUCUGUUUAAACAGAAAAAAAAAGUUGAUGUCAGGUCAUUUUUAGAAGAAUAGUUCUCUCACUUUAUAGUAUCUUUUUUAAAGAAAGAAAACCUUUCCGAGGGCUUUUGUGUUCUGUGAUUUCUAACUUUUACUUGAAGCAGUCUUCUGAAGCAUGUCCCACGCCAUUGGACUAACUCGAUGGGGACUGUCCUCUCUGUGCCCAUUAGCAAUCUCCAGUCAGCCAUAAGAUGGGAUAAACUACUUUGCUACUACUGUAGGCCUCUGUGGUCUAACAGCAUAGCUGAGGAUGGUGUGUUCGGGUGUGUCAGUAUUUUCAAAAGCAAUCUCUGCUAUUGUGAUUAUAAUUAUUUUUGUUUUAAUAGAUGCAUAUUAAAAUUUGUAGAAAAAA